AUGAGUGGUGCUGAGCACCCCGUCAUGGGGGGCAUCCAAGGGGAAGCUGGACAGUCAGAGCAGAGAGGCGGAGGGGUUAGGGGCACGCGGUUGGCCUGGCUGACCCCAGCAGUCUCUCCUGGCUGUGCUGUGCUCUGGUCCUGUGGCGGCGUCUCCGCGCUCACUUCCAGCCAGGCCGGCCAUGUGGUCGAGGCCUCUGGGAGCUGGAGGUCUGGCAGGCGGCAGAGCAGCCCGUCCAAACCGAAGCCUGCUGUCUCCCCCACGUCCAUCCGUUCCUUAAACACCAGUGUCCUCCUCCGUCCGGCCCGGCUGACGCUGCUGCCCUGGUGGACACCCUCAGACACUGUUCUCCCGGCUCGCUUCUCCCGUCACGGAGUGAAGACCCUCAAACAAGCAGAGCAAACACCCGGCUUCCAGCUGCCGCCACCACGAGUCCAUGACACAGAGGCCACCUCUCCCCACACGGAGGGACAGCGGCAUGAGAAGAGGCUGGUGCCACCGGAGCCCAGUCUGGGGACCGGGGCUCACGAGGCCCUGGAUCUAACCCGGCCUCACAGAGGUGCUGGGCGUCGGGGUGAUACCCAGGGCCCCGGGACAGCUGCAGCGGUGGUCCCGCCGCCGCCGCCGACAGAGCCCACGGUCCCGGCGACGCCGCAGAGCUGUGCACUUGGCCCCAAGGCCUUCGGCAGUGAGGUGGCCUUCCCGGUGGAUUUGGAGCCUGAGCCCGGACUCCAUCCCCUGUUUCAGCAGCACGUCGCCGAGGCAGCUCCAAUACUCUCGGCCAACUGUCUCCUAAAACCCUCUGUGGCUAUUCAUCCAGCAAGGAAAAACUUGGCGUCGCCUUACAAUCAGGGCAGAGACCCCUGCAGCCCCUGCUGUGAGGUCUGCGGUUCCUCGGGCCUGGCCUCGGGUACACUCCGUGGGGGGCCUCUCCCUCCGGGACCUCUCGAGUCUCCCCUCACCACGUCUGAGCCAAGUUGUCCUGCUCACGGGAGAUGUCCAUCCGUCCCCGGCCCCCUGUCCCUGCUGCCGCAAGCCGCCCUGGCCACGUGGGCAAGCCGAGGCCACCCUUGCUGGACUCUGCUGGGGCUGGACCAGGCGCAGUCCAAGGGUCCGUGCUACCACGGCGGCCUGGCGGCGGGGAGGAGUCAAGACCAGCUUGGUGGAUGGAGGCCUUAGAGGGUUUGCAGCAGAAGCUGGGCUUCAGGGUCUAACUCAGGAGCUGGGCCAGAGAGUGGUCCCUGAGAGAGGGCGCCAGAGGUGACCAUGGAGGCACGUGGAGAGGACGGGGGUCCUCAGAGGGGUGCAGGUGACCCAGGGUGGGGAUGUGGGCUGCCGCUCAUGGGGCUCUGGAUUGGGGAGAGGGCUCUGAGACCAGGAGGGGUGGAGACAGCCUCGUGCCCACUGCUUCCGCCCAGCUCGGGGGGCACACUCCUUGCUCUCCUCUGAGAGGCUUGGCCCGCGGGCUCCGCACCCGAGUCCGCUCGGCCAGGAGGUGCUGGAGGGUCAGUGCCGCCCCCGAGCUUGCUGCGGCGGCGUCCCCCAGCUCUGGUCCAGAGACGGCCCCGCCUGGCCGGGCAAGGGUGUGCCCCUGGCAAAGCGGUGAGUCCACCCUGUGGGCUGCUGUGGGCAUCCGGCAGGAAGCGCAAGGGCAAGUCCUUCUGGACCAAACAUGCAGCGUGAUGUGCGUGCGCGCUCACUCGGUCGUGUCUGACUCUGUGCGACCGCAUGGACUGUAGGCCGCCAGGCUCCUCUGUCCAUGGGGAUUUUCCAGGCGGGAAUACUGGGGUGGGUUGCCGUGCCCGCCUCCAGGGGAUCUUCCCGACCCAGGGAUCGAACCCGAGUCUCCUAUGGCUCCAGCAUUGCAGGUGGAUUCUUUACCACGGAGCCGCUGGGGAAGCCCUGGAGCCUGGCAGAGGCGCCAAAACCUUACAUUCAUCAACCAAACGGAGGCGAGGGUGUCCAAGACCCACUUCAUAAAUCACAUCUGCCCUCUGUGCGGGGGACAAUUAACAGCCCCCAGGGCUCCAGACCUGGCUGAAUGGGGCGGGGAGGCUGGAACCUUGCCACCUGGCCUCGGACUUGCCCUCUGGGGCAGGCCUGGCUGUGUUUGCGAUGGGGCUCUGUCCUCUGAUGCUUGUUGACAACCUGCCACCUGUCAGGUAUCCUGGGGCCAGGGCAGCGUGGUGUAGAGAGCCAAGUAAUAAUUUGCCUCUUGCAGGCUGCAGACUCUGCUCAAGCAGUCUCACCUAGCAGAGCCUCGUUUUCCUGGUCUCUAACUGGGGAGGCCCUCUGCCUCCGAGCUGCCACGGGGCUCCUGAAGGCUGUGCAGAGACAGAGAGCGAGCAGUGGGCUCGGCCAGGCCGUGGGGACCCCCCGGUGAGUGAUGGCUCCCUCCCCUCCCCCAGCCCUGCUUGCCCCUUCUCCUGGGGCCCCCGGGAACGUGUGGGUGCCUGGUGUCCGGCUCCCCUGUGGGGGCAGUCUCUCUGUGACUCCAGAAGUUAUCCAAUAGGUCAGCAUUUUUGAGUACCUGCUGCAGGCCGUUUUCCAGGAGAAAGAAAGGAGACCACAGAGAUGCCGGUUCCAGGGACGUACCACCUUGGGGGAGGAGGUCGGACCGUCCGAGACUUCUUACGGGAGUGAGCACACGGGCUGUGUGGGUGGGGGGUCCUCAGGGAUAUUCGGGGUGUGGAGUCUGAGUGGUGUAGAUCCAGAAGGCUCCCUCCAGGUGGCAGGGCGCCAAGGGAGCCCUUCACGCCUCAGUGUUCCCAUCAGCGGAAUGGCACUAGAGGUGUGUGCCUUGGUCUCAAGGACUGGGGAAACACAGGAAAAAGGAAGGUGGAAGGGGUCUACCCUCGUGGCCUGUGUGACGAUGGUCAAGGGCGUGGAUUCUGGAAGUGGCCCCACUCCCCGGGAGACGUGUGACCUCGAGCUAAGGAGCUUUAUCUCUUUGUGCCUCUGUGUUCUGGUUUGAAAAACAGGGCUGAUGAUAAGCCCUGCAUCCUGGGGUUGCUGUGCGGGUCAGGGUGUUCACAGACCUCUGACCCUUAGGGAGUCCAGGCCCCCAGGGAGGACCCGGACCUGUCGGCCAUCAUCACUGGGUGUUUUGUGUCAGCUACAAAUUGGCACUUACCAAGAGCAUUGCCAGCGACUGAACGACAAAGGCCUUUGCCAUCUGCCUCUGCGGAGAUCGGACUCCGGGCUGCUAUAGCUGUUGAUCUUCAGCGACCCCGAGGGCGUUCAGGGUGGAGGGAGGCGCUCUGUGCUCCAGGGAAUCUGGUGGGACAGGUCUUUAGAUAGUUGGAUGUCUUUAGGAACAGAUUUUGUGAUCU